GUAAGAACAACAACAGCAGCAACAUCGACCACAUCAAAAAUAACCAAGGCGAAAAGAAUUCCCAGGUUUAGUAAGGUGAAUGCAAAACACUCGUCUGGUAGGUUGGUAUUUGGAACAAGCCACCAGAAGAACACCCCAAAAUGGCACACGAAUCUUUGGCAUUGGUGAUAAUGCUUAUGAUUUCAGUUCUGAAUCCGGUCGUGAAAUCUCAAGCUCCAAAGCCAUCAAGAAUACCAGUCAUUCUCGCCCCUGAUCCAUUUAAAUUUAAUGUGUCCGAAUAUCAAUAUAGAGCAUACAAAGUGGGCAUAUUUGAUGCUACCAGGAGCUACUUCGUGUUACCUUGUUUCAGUAUUAAAACACCGACAGACAUGUUUCGAAUACCGGCAUGUACGUUCGAGGAUAAUGACAGUGUCUAUCUUGUAAAUAAACUGGAUUAUGAGAAGAAAAAGAAAUAUGUUUUGGAAAUUGUUGCAGCAGAUUUCUUCAACAGCUCCUUAGCGACUAAUAAGAAUUUAACCAUCAACGUUUUAAACGAGAAUGACGAACGACCAAGGUUUGAAAACACCGAUCUUCAAUUUGGUCGCAUUAAAGAGAAUAUAAAUGUAACCGAUCGACUGCCUACUCUCAUCAGUGUAAUAGAUGUCGAUGAUGAAGCCAAUAGUAAGAAUUUGACUGUUACAUGCGAUACAAGUUUUCGUCCAUCAUGCGAUUACUUCACUGUAAUUCAGAGUAACAAACCUAACAAGAAAAAAUGGGAGGGGUAUUUAUAUCUAAGAAAGCGCAUUAGUCUUCAGGAGUAUAGAAUAAAACUGACAGCCUUUGACGGUAAAUAUUCUACAAGUGUGGUGUUUACAAUUCUAGUCGAGGAUAUCAACAACCAUCCGCCGAAGUUCAAUGACGUUGCUUCACUAAUAGCUAUCAGCGAGGAAACAGCUGUCGGCUCUGAUAUCAGUCCAAUUAUUGUAGUUGAAGACGAAGACGUAAACACAGGCUACCUGGAGGUAAAAUGUAAUUCACUCAAGGAGAAUACAUUGGACCCCUGCGCAGUAUUUCAGAUAAGGAAAAUGUCUACUAGCACUAACAAUAAAUGGUUCGGAUUGAUUGCCUUGAAGAAAAAGCUGGAUUAUGAAAUAUCACCAAGGAAGUUUGUGUUCCAGUUAUUGGCUUCAGAUGGGAAGAACAAAAAUAAAUAUAAUAUCACGAUUCUUCUGGAAGAUUCCAAUGACGAACCGCCAUCUUUUGUUCCGUCAAAUGAAUGGUCUAUUAAAGAGAAUGCUACUCCUGGAACCUUUUUAAAAGGAGAUCUAGUGGUCUCUGAUCUGGAUGAAACUCCUACUUUUUCUAAUAUUACUCUCACAUGUGAUUCUUCUAAUGGAGAAGAGUACGCAAUCGCUUGUAGCACAUUCAUAUUCUCAGCUCCGAUAAGGCGGAACAAAACGAAAUCUUGGCGUACUGAACUAGUAUUGGCCAAAUCGCUGAAUUAUGAAAAGCGUCAAAUCUACACCAUCCGAUUUAAAGCAACUGAUGGCAAAUCAAAUUCGUUUCUAGAAAGAAAAAUCUACGUAGUUGACGUCAAUGAUAAUCCACCAUUUUUUAACGUAUCGCAGACCAAUACAACUUUACCUAUGUCGACUCCAGUGAAAACAAUAGUUAAACCCUUAAUUGUAGCUCUUGAUGUGGACAAGAGUAACAAAAUUCUGACGGUAUCGUGUGAAUCAGAAGCAAUGAAUCAGUCAUCAGCAAACUCUGGGUGUGAAAUAUUUGGAGUGAAGACUAUCAAAGCUAACAGCAGUUACUGGGUUGGCCAAUUGGAAUUGUUAAAGCCUCUCAUCUAUGAUGAACUACAGUCUACCUAUUAUGUCAACUUAACGGCAUUUGAUGGUGACUUCACUUCGAAUCCGACCACGGUAGCUGUCACUGUUGAACCAAUUCCUACUCACUUGUCUUACCUACCAAAACCAAAGCUAAAUCAGAAUGUGACAGUAAAAUGUGACUUCGCCUUCUCGGGUGACUUCAACGAAACCACGAUUGAAAUACUGCGUGCCAAUAUCUCUGUCUUAACUUACUCACCAGAAACUAAGACCCACAAGUUGUCCAUCAACAAUGAAGCCACCAAGCUAAAAGAAAUCAAAUCCAGUCAAGCGGGACACCAUGGUUAUAUAUCGUUCAAGAUUAACUUGAAGAGCUGUCAUGAGAAUAAUAUUACUUGUCAGGCAAAGGAUGUCAAAGGCAAGCUUUACUCCGUCAGCCAUGACUUGCUGACACACAACUUUAUUCCUUCAGUCAAGAUAAACCGAGGUACGUGCAACAAGUUAAAACGGGGCAGCGCACGAUUGGUGUGCACGGGGUACAGCCAACAAAUGACGACAAUAUUGAAGUGGUAUCUCACUACCGACGAUGGAGUUUAUAAAGAAACUAACGGCGUGAAAACGAUAGAUUUUCCUCCCAAAUAUGAUUAUACCAAAUGUGUCUAUGUACAACAAAGCACGAUCGUAUUAGAUUAUAAAGACAAACGACGAAAUGCGAAAUGUGUGAUGGUUUCAGAAGUUGAUAACAGAAAGGUUGAAUUGGUCGCAGAUGUUUUCAGUGUUGGAUAUGAAGGUGAGUUAAUGAGAUAGUUUUCCAAAACAGCA